CUCCCGCGCCACCAGGUGUCGGCAGCGUGCAGAGAAACUGUCCGCUUGCAGGAGAAGAAGCUGCGUGCCCUUCAUAACAGCAAACAUGGCGACUGCUACUAAAAUUAUUCAAAGAAUUCGGAAUUUUCUAUCAGGGCAUGACCUUCAGAGUAAGCUGCAACUGCGGUAUGAAGAGGUAGCGAAGAGGACGCAGCUCCCGCCUAAACUUCCCGAAGGGCCGAGCCACAAGUUCGCCGGCAACUACUAUUGCACCAGAGACGGGCGCCGAGAGUCCAUGCCGCCUAUGGUUGUCAUGUCCUCCCAGAAGGCGCUAGCUGCUGGCAGCCAAGUUGCGGCUGUACCAACAAAGCAUCCAGUGACUCCUGGAAGCGUGUACAAGGAGCUGGAGAUCUCCACAGACCAGCCAUACCUCUGAGAUGACCGUCAUCAACCCCCCCAAGAGGUCCUGCAGAGCUCUGUUUCCCCUGUCUUGGUUGUAUAUUCAAAAAUUGCAAAUUAAAUGGCUUCUAUGUU